GUCCCCUCCCGUCCACCUCAUCAUCUUCAUUCAUUCAUCUGUCUUCUUCGUCCUUGCUUCAUCAUCGAUCGUCUCCCUUCCCUUCCUAGAUCAAAAUCUGCUCUGCCCAACCAUUUACAAUAUCAAAUCAUGCUUACCGCUUCAUCUUCCAUUUUGUCCGCCUUCCGGUUCUGUGCUGGUGCACACUCCACUUCCCCUGCGAUAUUAUUGUGCCCCUGCCCUCGCAUGUACCACACUCUCUUAUGCAGAGACCCUCUUCUCAGUCUCACUUCGCCCAGAAAUAAUACUUGUUCUACGACACUCAACCACCGCUCGCAUUUCCAUCCUUUCAUUUCUGCUGCUUCCUCUAGAAACGACACUGAAACCAGUCCGCCUCAGAAAUUCGCCCUUCUCCUUGAAGUUGAAGGGGUUUUGAUUGAUGUUUCUCGCGUGGGCAACCGCCAAGCAUUCAAUGCAGCAUUUAGAAAGCUGGGGUUGGACUGUGCAAAUUGGUCUCAACCAGUUUAUUCAGACCUUGUAAGGAAGAGUGCUGGAGAUGAAGAAAGGAUGCUAAUUUUGUUUUUUAACAGGAUUGGUUGGCCUACCUCAGUUCCCACUAGUGAAAAGGGAGCUUUUCUGAAAACUGUUCUUCGGGAGAAGAAGAAUGCCUUGGAAGAUCUUGUCAUGUCAAAAGCUUUUUCCUUGAGACCAGGUGCUGAAGAGUUCAUUGAUGAUGCUUUUAAAGAAGAAGUACCUGUGGUUAUCUUCACAGCAUACAGUGGUGGUGGAGAAAAGGUUGCAAGAUCUAUUGUUGAAAAGCUUGGAAGUGAUAGAAUGUCUAAGAUAAAGAUUGUUGGAGAUGAUGAAGUAAAACAAAGUUUCUAUGGCCAGCUUGUAUUUGGCAAGGGGGUGUCUUCCAGUUUGGAUGAGCUGUUAGCUGAGGAAGUGAGAAAAUCAGCUUCUGCUGAGAAGCAAAAAAUUGCCGAGGAGGUUGCCUCCAUGCUGAAACUGAAAGUUGACCUUAACACUAGUUCCAGUGAGAGUCUCAAAAAAAUUGUUGCUGCACUAAGAGCAGGAGCAGAAUAUGCUGGUUUACCUGUCAGCAACUGCAUUCUGGUUGCUGGAAGCCAGGUUGGAGUUGCGGCAGCUGCACGAAUUAGCAUGCCUUGUGUAGUUUUGCGGAGCAGUUCAACAUCAAGAGCUGAGUUUGGUUCUGCAGUAUCUACAAUGGAUGGAUUUGGUGGUGCAGAUUUGAGCAUUUCUAGACUUCGCAGAAAAUUUUUACCUGAAGAUUAGUUGUCCCCAGUUAUAAGUUUGGCGUGUAUUUGCAUAUGUGGAAUUAAUUAUUUCCUGAAACAUGUUGUUCUUGCUGCUGCCUGCAUAUCUUUACUGGUGUAAGAAAACUUGAUGGUUCAUGUACAAUGUUCUACUAGCUGAACUGACUAAUUUUCUGCAUAAAGUUGUUUGUUUUCGGAACUUA